AUGCGUUUACUAUGGGAAUGUGGCUUCUUUGGCAAAGGUACUUUAAGUCGUAGUGAGCCGAGCUGGAAGACACGGGAGAUGCAACAUCUCAAAGUGGCCAGACAACGUGCUAAAGGGAUUCGCAUUUAUACUGCCGAAGAAUUGACAGCAUUACGGAGAAAAGAAAGAAGGGCUGCAAAGAUUGAGCGUGCACGGUUGGCAGUUCGUGCAGGUCAACAAUUACCAGAUGGCAUCAUCGCUUUAGGGGGCGAAUUGAACGAAGAUGAUGAAAAAGCAAUUCAACAAGACGUACAAAGAGAUUUAGACGCCUCAACCUCACAAGGUCACGACGAAAGCCAAUACGGCAAGCACAUUCCUGGAUUGAUCUACCUUAAGCCAAAAGAAGCAGAAGAAUCAGCUCAGGCGGCUGAUCAAAAAGAGAAGAAUGACGAAGCGAUAGGAGAUGAUGAUGACUUUGAGGACGUUGAAGAUAUGGAAGCUCUACAGCUUUCAUUCCACGAAGUCUUUUUCUUAGCCGGAAUGCUUGGUAUCUUGGACGUGGUCGAUGAGAAUGGAGCCGUUAUCCCUCUACAACACCUCUACGCAAUAUUCUUGAGCUCGUGUCUUCCAGCAGGACACCGCAUACAUUCACCGCUUCAUACUUCGACUAUGGAGAAGAUCAUGCCCCAAUCCGAACUUUGGGCUCGAGCGGAUAAUCCUUUCUUGAUCCAAUAUGUGGCUUAUCAUCACUUUCGAUCUCUAGGCUGGGUGGUACGGACGGGUACAAAGUUUUGUGUUGACUGGCUACUGUACAAGAAAGGACCUGCAUUCAGUCAUGCCGAAUUUGCUGUUGUUGUCCUGCCAGUCUACGAAGAUCCCGCUGAUGAGAAAAGCUGUCCAUUCGGUUCACAUCCAACAGGAGGCAAACGUGAUUGGGUUUGGUUCUCUUCCAUCAAUCGAGUGAAUACACAAGUUCUAAAGACGCUCAUUUUGUGCUAUGUGAUCAUCCCUCCGCUGUCACGUACGCCAAGCAGUGCUUCAUCUACGCCAGAAGCCUUUGUCGAAAACCUUCAAAGUGGGAAUUCGUUCAGGAUACGCGAGUAUGCCAUUCGACGAUUCACACCUCAACGAAUGAAGUCGUAA